AUGACUACAGGAAUUAUCCGUCUCGGGGCACUUGUCAUCUUGGUACUUCUCCCAGAAGUAGAGGGCUGCGACUGUCCGUGGGGCUCAUGGGGCUCGUGGACUGGCUGCUCAGUAGACUGUGAUACGUGUGGACCAUUGUCUUUUCGUCACUACCCACAGACUGAUUGUGACAAUUUCGACAUAGCCGGCUAUCCGGGCGAGCGGGUCUCAUUGGAGUUCUGUAUGAACGCUUGCUGCAGAGACCCAACAUGCUUGUCGUUCCAGUACAACACCUUUCGCGAUUGCUUCACGAAAAGAAAUGUCUGCUCUGUGAAACCGUAUGUGGCACACGGUAACAUGUACGACCGGCGCGGUGUACCAGAAACUCAGCACCGAACGAGGUCCCGAAACGCCUGCUGCUCACCGAGCCAGGAAAGCCAGACGGGCACCUGCCGCACCCACAGCUGCUGCAGCUGCAGCUGGAGGUCCUGGGGCCCAUGGAGUAGCUGCUCACGCACCUGUGGCGGAGGAACAAAGACACGUAGGAGGGAUCGGGAUGUGUGCUGUUCCCCCAGCUCCGACAGUGAGACCGCGACAUGUAACACCCAGCCGUGCUGCUCGUGUGAGUGGGGAAACUGGCACGCUUGGAGCUCCUGUUCAUCAGCUUGUGGGGAAGGCAGGCAGACCCGCACCAGGUACCGGGACCACUGCUGUCAGCCAAGCCACCAGGAAGACGCACGGUCAUGUCACAACCAUUGUGACGGUCAUUCACAUGGUCAUGGUGGUUCCACGACCUCUUUCUGGAACACCGAGCGACUGUUGUUGGUUAUCCUGGGCGCCCUGAUCGGCUUUGCUAUUGCUUGCGGUUUGUUCUGGUACUGCUGCAUCAGGGACCCGAACAGGGUGAUUGAUAUCGGAGGAAAACUCUAG